GUACCUGGAAGGAUGGAGAGCGGGUGCUUUGGAAACUUCAUCCUAAGCUGUUGAUGGCACCCGGUCAAGGCCAAAGGGCACUGCUGCAGCUGUGUUGAGCACAGCCCACAUUAAGGCCCUUUCAAGACCUGGAUUGAUUAGAAGGACAAAAAAUUUCAAAGCCAUCGGAUCCGGCCUUGGGCCAGGUCCCCACGGAGUCGCUCCCUAUCCCAUUUCCAUCCACUGUCACAAUUUGAGAGGUGCCCCCCCCCCAUCUGAUCAGCUUCAUCUCGCCGGGGGGGAGGUACCAUGACAAGGUUAGGAGGACACUACUUUGGGGUGUGCCCAGGCGCAGGAGAAAGCUGACUCUGAGGUUUCCCUCCUGCCUGCUGGAGAGAGAGAAAGAGAGCAGCGUCCCACCCGCCCGUCGGCCACCCAGCCCCGAGGCCCCGAGACCAUCUGGCGUCAGUGUCACCAGUUCCAGCAGUCCUUCCAUGCUGAGGCCACCGGUCCCCGCUGACCCAGCUGCUGCUCCUCUGCUAGGGGACCCGCAGGCACCACAGUCAUGCAGCCCCUGUUCCUCGUCCUUCUGCACUGGCUCUCACUGGCCGCUGCUGACUAUGACAUUUGCAAGUCGUGGGUGAGCACGGACGAGGGCCCCACCUGGGAGUUCUACGCCUGCCAGCCCAAGGUGAUGCGCCUGAAGGAUUACGUCAGGGUGAAGGUGGAGCCCUCAGGCAUCACAUGUGGGGACCCCCCAGAGAGGUUCUGCUCCCACGAGAACCCGUAUCUCUGCAGUAACGAGUGUGACGCAUCCAACCCGGAUCUGGCACACCCACCGAGGCUUAUGCUGGACCGGGAGGCCGAGGGUCUGGCCACCUACUGGCAAAGCGUGCCCUGGAGCCGCUACCCCAGCCCUCUAGAGGCCAACAUCACGCUGUCCUGGAACAAGAGCGUGGAGCUGACUGACGACGUGGUGGUGACCUUCGAGUACGGCCGGCCCACGGCCAUGGUGCUGGAGAAGUCGCUGGACAACGGACGAACGUGGCAGCCCUACCAAUUCUACGCAGAGGACUGCAUGGAGGCCUUCGGCAUGCCAGCACGCCGGGCCCGGGAGCUGGCAGCAUCGGGUGCACACCGCGUCCUGUGCACCGAGGACUAUUCGCGCUGGGCCGGCUCCAAGAAGGAGAAACAUGUGCGCUUCGAGGUCCGAGAUCGCUUCGCCAUCUUCGCGGGGCCUGGCCUGCGCCACAUGGACAACCUGUACACGCGCCUGGAAAGCGCCAAAGGCCUCAAGGACUUCUUCACGCUCACCGAUCUGCGCCUACGCCUGCUGCGGCCUGCUCUCGGUGGCACCUACGUGCAGCGGGAGAACCUCUACAAGUACUUCUACGCCAUCUCCAACAUCGAGGUCGUGGGCAGGUGUAAAUGCAAUCUGCAUGCCAACCUGUGCUCGGUGCGCGAGGGCAGCUUGCAGUGCGAGUGCGAGCACAACACCACAGGCCCCGACUGCGGCAAGUGCAAGAAGAACUUCCGCACCCGCUCCUGGCGCGCCGGCUCCUACCUGCCGCUGCCUCAUGGUUCGCCCAAUGCCUGUGCUGCUGCAGGUUCAGUUGGCACUCCACGCACCACCACCCCUGUGCCUGCCAAGGCCUCCAGCCCUUUCCAGUCCAGGCCCAAACCUCCCCAGGUGGCUCCUAGUGAAGUCUCCCAAGACUGCGAGUGCUACGGCCACUCCAACCGCUGCAGCUACAUCGACUUCCUCAACGUGGUGACCUGUGUCAGCUGCAAACACAACACGCGGGGCCAGCACUGCCAGCAUUGCCGCCUGGGCUACUACCGCAACGGCUCGGCUGAGCUGGACGACGAGAACGUGUGCAUCGAGUGCAACUGCAACCAGAUCGGCUCCGUGCACGACCGAUGCAACGAGACCGGCUUCUGCGAGUGCCGCGAGGGCGCGGCAGGGCCCAAGUGCGACGACUGCCUCCCCACGCACUACUGGCGCCAGGGCUGCUACCCCAACGUGUGCGACGACGACCUGCUGCUGUGCGCCAACGGAGGCACCUGCCUGCAGAACCAGCACUGCGCCUGCCCGCCCGGCUACACGGGCGUGCGCUGCGAGCAGCCACGCUGCGGCCCGGACGACGAGGGCGGCGGCCUGGACUGCGAUCGCGCGCCCGGCAACGCCCCACGCCCCGCCACGCUGCUCGGCUGCCUGCUGCUGCUGGGGCUGGCCGCCCGCCUGGCCUGCUGAGCGCCUGCGCCCCCACCCCGGGCACCCUGGGGUGCGACUGAGGUGCUACUGAAGCGGGGCGCCGGGGCCUGCCUGGCCUGCGAUUCGGUCUUCAGUUUUUUCUAUUAUCCGCUGCCCGGUUAUUCUUUUUUUAAUUUAUUUUAUUAUUAUUUUUUUUGCAAGCGGUGGGACAGAAGGGGUGGGGAAGAAGCUCUGCUCCAGGCCUGGCCCUUUGCAGCACCCCAUCCCCAAACACACACGACUGUUGCCGGGGUGCAGGGGGGUCCCCACAGCGCCUGCCCUGGCUCCCCCACCAGCCAGCAGUCGCUCCCCCCACUAACCGCUGACUCUCUUGAUUCUCUUUUCUAUUGUUUUCCUUCGCCACCACCUCCAGGCCCCAGUGUGCAUCUAGGCCGCUGGGGAUCAAUUUAGGAAAAAAGGGUGGGGGGCGCCUGGGACCUUUGUUUUGUAGAGAACUAUUUUUGUUUGUAUUUACCACGCAGUUAGGGGGGGGGUAACCCUAUUCUCACCCCCUCAAACUUUCCAACCAGUGGCCACGGCUGGCUGGUGGCCCUGCCCGCCCAGAGUAAAAGGUCGCUCAGGGCUA